GAGACUUCUUUUAGAAACAUUACAAAUCUUACUGAUCCCAAACUUUUGAACGACAGUGUAUAACAUUUUGUGGAUAGAAAGACCUAAUAUUUAGUAUUUCAUUGAAUGUCCUGCAUCACUAGGAAAUAUGCCACAUUACAGAAUGUGCCGUUUCGUGUUGCUUUUCAGUGUAACGUAGCAUAGUGUCUGUGUGUGUGUGUGUGUGGUCAGGACACGGCGGGUGACAGCUCGGAGGCGGCGGAUGCACAGACGGGGUCUGGAGACGAUGAGAACGGCCGUCAGCUGGGGGAAGUGGAGCUGCAGUGUGCGCUGUGCAUGAAGUGGUUUACUGCAGACACGUUCAGCAUCGACACGGCAACUUGCCUGCCCUUCGUGACCAAUUAUGUGUUUCACUGCAAUGUGUGUCACCACAGCGGAAACACGUACUUCUUGAGGAAACAAGCAAAUCUGAAGGAGAUGUGUCUCACCACUUUGGCGAAUCUGACAUGGAGGUCCAGAACUCAAGAGGAGCAUCCCAAAACAAUGUUCUCUAAAGAUAAGGACAUCAUACCUUUCAUUGACAAAUACUGGGAGUGCAUGACGACCCGCCAGAGGCCCGGCAAACUCACAUGGCCAAAUAACAUCGUCAAGACUAUGAGUAAAGAGCGUGAUGUUUUCCUGGUGAAAGAACAUCCAGACCCCGGCAGUAAAGACCCUGAAGAGGACUAUCCCAAGUUUGGUUUGCUUGAUCAGGAUCUGGCCAAUAUUGGACCAUCGUAUGACAGCCAGAAGCAGAUGACGGCCAUCACGGGUUCUGGAGGAUUGAAUGGUGGAUCGACUUUUUCAGGUGGGCUUCCUCCAGCUGCUACAGGAAAAGGCAGAGGAGCCAAACGCAAACAACAGCAGCUGCAGGAUGGAGCUGCGGCUGGAACGGCCAAGAGAACACGCAGUGACCCGCUGUUCUCAGCGCAGCGUCUGCCGCCCCAUGGUUACCCUCUCGAACACCCCUUCAACAAAGACGGGUACCGCUACAUCCUAGCCGAGCCGGAUCCCCACGCUCCUGACCCGGAAAAACUGGAGCUGGACUGCUGGGCCGGGAAGCCCAUCCCUGGAGACCUGUACCGCGCGUGUCUGUACGAGAGAGUGCUGCUGGCGCUGCAUGACCGAGCUCCACAGCUGAAGAUUUCAGACGACCGCCUGACGGUGACCGGAGAGAAGGGCUACUCGAUGGUCCGAGCGUCUCAUGGGGUCAGAAAGGGCGCGUGGUAUUUUGAGGUCACUGUUGACGAGAUGCCACAGGACACCGCGGCUCGACUGGGCUGGUCGCAGCCUUUAGGAAACCUGCAAGCUCCUCUGGGUUACGAUAAGUUCAGCUACUCGUGGCGAAGUAAGAAAGGAACGCGCUUCCAUCAGUCCAUUGGAAAGCAUUACUCUGACAGCUACGGACAGGGAGACAUCUUGGGAUUCUACAUUGAGCUUCCAGAUGACACCGAAACCGCCAAGGCUCUGCCUGACACGUACAAGGACAAAGCGCUGAUCAAAUUCAAAAGCUAUUUGUACUUUGAAGAGAAAGAUUACGUGGACAAGGCCGAGAAGAGUUUAAAACCCACCAGUUCCAGUCGAAUUAUAUUUUUUAAGAAUGGAGUGAAUCAAGGUGUGGCCUAUGAGGAUCUGUACGAGGGCAUGUACUACCCCGCCAUAUCCCUCUACAAGAGCUGCACGGUGUCUGUUAAUUUUGGACCACACUUCAAAUACCCACCAAAAGACAUCAAGCAUCAGCCAAUAAGUGACAUGGGUUGGAGUGCUGUGACUGAACACACGCUGUCUGAUAUGCUGUACCAUGUAGAGACCGAUGUAGACGGCCGACGCAGCCCCCCGUGGGAGGGUUAAAAUCAUGCCAGGUCCACCACCCAUAAGGCUGAAAACAUGCUUUUCAUGUCCCAUUCUCAACAGCACACAGCAUUUUUGUUGUGUAUUAUUAAAUCAUUUGGUUACAGUUGUAUUCUGCCCUUGUUUCUCAUGCAGGAUCGAAAAGAUUCUUCUCAUAAGUUGAAUCCAGCUAGAUGUUUUUGAGGUGUAGGAUGGUUUAUCUUUUAUGUAAGUUUAUACUUAGUUGUUACAUAUUACAUUUCUUCAUGCUGCAGGUUUAGUAUCAGUUAUACGAUUUAAUUUCCUUCAUACAGCGAUCCUUUUCCCUUGUAACGGCUCAAGUCCUGUUUGAUUGGACUGUACAGUGACCAGUUCAAGUCUGAUGUUCAGUUGUGUGUGAUGUGCUGUGUGUUCAUUCAUGGUUUUUAUCAGUUGCUUAUUUGUUAAUUGGUUUGUAGUCAUUCAGAUAAUUGUAAAAUAUUAUCUUUUUUU